AUGCCGCCGAUCCCCUCGCUCGGUGCGCUGCACACCUUCCGCGCCCUCACGCGGCUCUCACUCGCCAAAACCACAACCUACUCCCCGUCUCCCAUCCUCCGAAGCGCAACGCCCAUCUCACAACUCUCUCGCACGCACCCGUUCUCCAGCACCGCCACGCGAUCCAUGACCCUCAACCAAGUGCGCACGCAGGGCCGCCGGCCAAAGAAAGCCCGCCACGCCGUCUCGCCAGCCCUGGCCGCCGAGAACCGUCCGGAGAUGAAAGGCGUGUGCCUGAAGGUGGGCAUCACGAAGCCCAAGAAGCCCAACUCCGGCCAGCGCAAGACGGCCAAGGUGCGCCUGUCCAACGGGAAGAUUGUGUCCGCGUACAUCCCCGGCGAAGGACACAACGUGCAACAGCACAGCGUGGUUCUGGUGCGCGGUGGCCGCUCCCAGGAUUGUCCUGGUGUGAGAUACCAUCUUGUCAGAGGUGCUUUUGACCUGGGCGGUGUACCGAGUCGAGCGUGCAGUCGAAGUAAAUAUGGCACGAAAAAGCCCAAGGCCGCCGUGUAA